AUGUCUGGAGCUGAACGGAAGCUGCGCCACCUGAAAACGAGACGUCGUGGUAUCCUGUCGUCGUUCACUCUCAUCAAUAACUUCGUCUCUUCGUACCAGGAGGAAAGAGACAGAGCAGAAGUUCCCGUACGCCUGGAAGCGGUCGUGUCGCAAUGGACGGAGUUCAACAAGAUACAAGUGGAAUUAGAAACUUGUGAUGAAGCUCCUGAAGCGAUAGACCAGUAUUUUAAAGAAAAAGCCGAGUUUGAGACGCAGUAUUAUAAAGUGAAGGGUUUUCUUCUGCAACACUGCCAAAUUCCUGCUACGAAUGCGCCUUCUUCCGCCCCCCACACGCGAAGUCAUAAUUCGAGCAACGGUAAACUGCCUGACGUUAAGCUACCGGUGUUUGCCGGCAACUAUGAGAGUUGGCUCAACUCUCACGACUUGUUCGUAUCGCUUGUUCACUCGUCGUCGGAGCUUUCAAGUAUCCAAAAAUUUUAUUAUCUCCGGUCGUCUUUAGCUGGGGAAGCACUGAAGCUAAUCCAGACGAUACCGAUUAGUGGCAUUAAUUACCAGAAGGUUCUUAAGCGCAAUUAUGUUCAGGCAUUGUUUGACUUUCCGGUCCUUCGUCGAGAGUCUACUGAACUGCAUUCGUUGGUUGAAAAGUUCGAAGCAAAUGUUAGGGUGCUCAAGCAACUUGGAGAAAGCACCGAACAUUGGGACAUAUUGCUGAUCCAUUUCCUCACGAGUCGUCUCGAUCCUGUAACUCGCCGUGAUUGGGAGGAAUUUUCUGCUACUCUUGACAACGCUGUUUUCAAGGACCUCAUCGAUUUCAUCCAGCGGAGAGUCAACGUAUUGCAGCACGUGUCUUCCAAGCAAAGCGAUAUUCAACAACUUUCGCAAUUUCGCAAAACGACGAAUAAUCGUGUUAGUAGCCACGGAGCAUUUCAGGAGAAUCGUCGAAAGUGUCUCGUCUGCCCGGAAGAACAUCCCAUCUACCAGUGUAGCAUCUUUAGUCGUAUGCCUGUAGAGGAGAAGGAGAAGCUCGUCAAGCGUCACCAGCUGUGCCUGAACUGUCUUCGAAAAGGCCACAUGGCACGUGAUUGUCCGUCGGAGAACUGCUGCUGGAAGUGCAGAUCUCGCCAUCACACUCAACUGUGCACAAAUACAUCGAAUGCUAGAAGACCAUCAAACGCUGUAGCAGGUUCAAAAAAUAACAACCGAAAUUCGAACCAUUCCACCACCAGUACAACCCUUCAAGAUCAACAACCCCCAUCCUCAUCGAUGCAAGUGCCAGCACCUGUUUUGAAUGCUGCACACUCCGGUUUGAGCAGCUGUAACUCACAACUGUCCGCGAGAUCCAAGGUUCUUCUAGCCACUGCUGUGGUAAUUGUAGUAGACGACGCUGGAAGAGAACAUAUCGCCCGAGCACUUUUGGAUUCGGGGAGCGAAUGCUGUUUCGCCACCACACAGUUGUCUCAGACGAUGGCUGUUACUCGAACGAGAAUCGAUCUGCCGAUAGCCGGAAUCGGAAAAUCUUCGACCAAUGUGAAGCACCAAUUUCGUGCCGUCAUCAAAUCCCGAACUCGCAACUAUUCCUCUUGUGUCGAUUUGCUUAUUCUGCCGAAGCUCACUAUCGAUUUGCCAUCGGUCGAUGUAAACAUCGAUCAUUGGAACAUUCCCACCAACAUUGAUCUAGCCGAUCCAGCGUUCUUCAAAUCGAGCAGUAUCUACAUUAUAUUGGGCGCAGAGAUAUUUUUUGACCUGUUCUCCAUCCCAGGUCGCAUUUCGCUUGGAGAUUUUCUUCCUUCACUCACCAAUUCCGUCUUAGGAUGGGUAGUGUCAGGCCGAACUGCAAAAAGUCAACGCCAAUCUUCUGUUCGCUGCAACGUUGCAACCAUAGCCGAUCUUCACAAUGAUAUGGAGAAAUUUUGGAACAUAGAGGAAGAUCCAUCCGCCACCAAUCAUUCCCCGGACGAAACUGCCUGCGAAGAGUUCUUCCAGCGCACUGUCGCACGCGAUUCAUCGGGUCGAUACAUGGUUCGACUACCAUUCAAGGAAUCUCUAAUGCAGCGAUUGGGAGACAACAAGAAAUCGGCUCUGCAUCGCUUUCGCCUGCUGGAAAAUCGACUGUCACGUGAUUCUACGAUCGCUCAGAAGUAUCGAGACUUCAUGGCCGAGUAUCUGCGGCUGGGCCAUAUGACGCCACUCAGCGACUUCGGAGAUGGGAUUCAUCCGAAGUAUUACCUUCCACAUCACCCCGUUAUACGAGAGAGCAGCAGAACAACUAAGCUGCGCGUCAUUUUCGAUGCGUCCAGCAAAACGAGUUCGGGAAUCUCACUUAACGAUGCCCUGCUCGUCGGCCCGACUGUGCAGGACGAUCUGCGCUCUAUCAUCAUGCGUUCCCGCACACAUGAAAUCGUUCUCAUAGCGGACGCCGAAAAAAUGUAUCGCCAAGUUCUACACUUCCCCGAAGACUAUGCGUACCUGUGCAUAUUUUGGCGAUUUUCUCGGGACGAACCACUUCAAACAUACGUUCUCCGAACCGUCACGUAUGGGACAGCAUCGGCUCCUUAUCUGGCUACUCGGGUCUUGAAGCAGUUAGCAAGCGACGAAGCGAGAAAUUUCCCAGUUGCAGCGAAGGUAGUUGAAAGAGAUUUUUACCUGGACGAUUUAUUUUCGGGAGCUGCUACCGUGACAGAGACAAUCAAGCUACGGGAACAAAUCGAAGGCAUGCUUUCCAGUGGAGGCUUCCAGUUGAGAAAGUGGGCAUCUAAUUUUGAGGCCGUUCUUGAGGGUAUUCCGCCUGAGAACCGCGCUCUUCAACACUCAAUCGAUCUCGAUCGUGACCAAAUAAUCAAAACGCUCGGUUUGCACUGGGAACCAGCAUCCGAUCGUUUUAAGUAUAGAAUUGAGCUUCUUCUGUCAUCAAACGUCGUGCUCACGAAGCGUCAAACGCUGUCGUAUAUCGCUCAGCUCUUCGAUCCAUUGGGACUCGUCGGUCCAGUCGUCGUAACGGCCAAAGCGUUCAUGCAAACACUCUGGACGCUUCGGGACGAGAGCGGAACGAUUUGGGAAUGGGAUCGAGAGCUUGCAUCCAGUCUACGGGAUCAAUGGAUCAACUACCACUCAAAUCUACCUGCGUUGAAUGAAUUGAGUAUCGAUCGUUAUGUUCUUCUCCCAAACUCGGUCGAGAUUGAGCUGCAUCUGUUCUCGGAUGCUUCGGACAUCGGAUACGGUGCGUGUGCUUACUUGAGGUCCGUCAGUAACAGUGGACAAAUCAAAAUCACACUUCUGACGUCAAAGUCCAGAAUUGCUCCUCUGAAGAAACAGAGCACACCUAGACUCGAACUGUGUGGCGCUCUACUCUCUGCUGAGUUGUACCAGCGAAUCGCCGCUUCUCUUCAGAUUACGUUUUCUACUGUUUUCUGGACUGACUCCACGACAGUCAUCAAUUGGCUCAAAGUAACCCCGUCUACUUGGACAACGUUUGUCGCAAACAGGGUGUCUAAGAUUCAGCACGCGACGCAGCACUGUUCUUGGAACCAUAUAGCCGGACUGGAGAACCCAGCUGACGUCAUCUCUCGUGGUUGCAUGGCUUCAGAUCUCAUCAUCACAAACUCUGGUGGAAGGGUCCAGGAUGGCGGCAGCAGGAAAAAGAGCACUGGCCUGUUAACGGACAACACUGCGGACCUACCGAUCAAAGCAAUGCGGAACGACGGAAGACUGGUGCAAUCUCCACUACUGCCACUACCACACUCUCGUUCAUCGACGAAUAUACAGCAAAAUUCUCUAGCUACUCAAAGAUGA